GCUGCUGGAGGCUUCUGUUCCACAACUAGAGCCAGGACACCGGAGCGUGCACUCCUCCGGAGGCUUGUGCAUGUGACUCCUCCCACCGUCCCCCCGCAUGCAAAGGUGAACCCCUGACCCAGGUGUGACCGUGUCAGACUGGACCAGUGACCUGUCAGCAGAGCAGAAGACUUUGUUCAAGUUCAGCUCUCUAGUCUUGUGUUGGUGCAGUGGUGAAGUGCACACGCCCUCAGCAAAGAGCUGCAGCUCUCGCUGGCAAUAGGGAAUUCACAUCAUGACCCCGCACCCAUCCCAGAGCCCGUCCUCAGAUCCAGAGCUCUCGCUGCUCUCCCCACGCUCAGAUUUUUCAUUGCAGACAUUGAACACACUUAAACUUUGGAUGGCAACGGAGGAUCAUCUGGGACAGUCCAAUAAGAGGAUGGACCAUGGAGACAGAGGGAUGUCCCACCUGCGCUAUGAGGAGGAAGAGGACCACCAGUCCAUCUACAUCGGCGUCCCGGUCCCCAGAGGAUACCGGCGCAAGCGCAGGCGAAGGCGUUCCAGUCGUGAUUCCGCCACCAUGGAGAGGGACAGACACUACAGCCACCACAGACACCCGGAGCACGACCAGUACAGAGACAUCGACAUGGAGGAAGGGCUGAUGGACUCCCACGACCAGAGCCUGCAAGACAUCCACCGCACCAUGUCUCCGGCGGCAGAGCGGCUGCGCUACAUCUUGAGCGAAGAUGACGACAUGCCUACGCCAACUCUCUUCACUGAGAUGGACACUUUACAGCGAGAGGGAGAGGAGCUGGAGUGGAAGGAGUCUGCCAGGUGGGUGAAGUUCGAGGAGAAGGUGGAGGAGGGAGGCGAGAGGUGGAGCAAGCCGCACGUCUCCACUCUGUCGCUGCACAGUCUCUUUGAGCUGAGAACCUGUCUACAGACGGGGACAGUUCUGCUGGACCUGGACGGCUACUCGCUGCCUCAAAUCGUUGAUGACAUCAUCGAGAGACAAAUCGAGGAGGGCAUGAUUACGCCCGAUCUCCGAGACAAGAUCAGCUUUGUCCUCCUGAGGAAACAUCGGCAUCAGACCAAGAAGCCCAUCCACCGCUCGCUGGCCGACAUGGGAAAAUCCAGCGCUGCCACCGCAGGUCGGACGGUGGGUUCUCGCGGCGCCCCCUGCCCUCCACCGGUGCCCAACUUCAACAGAUCAACAGAGGACCUGCGUCUGAAGCAGCAGCCAGCCAGCUACGGCCGUCUGCGUCAUGCUCAGAGCAGAAGUAUGAAUGACAUCGCCGACACUCCGAGCACAGACCAGCUGAAGAACAAGUUCAUGAAGAAGAUCCCCCGGGAUGCAGAGGCCUCCAACGUUCUGGUUGGAGAAGUGGACUUCCUCACCAAACCCUUCGUGGCCUUCGUCCGCCUCUCCCAGGCGACCACACUGGGAGGCUUGACCGAGGUGCCGGUCCCUACCAGAUUCUUAUUUAUCCUCCUGGGACCUCAAGGAAAGGCCAGGUCCUAUAAUGAGAUCGGCAGAGCCAUAGCAACCCUGAUGGUGGAUGACCUGUUCAGCGACGUGGCCUACAAGGCCAGGGAUCGAGAGGACCUCAUCGCAGGCAUCGAUGAAUUUCUGGAUGAGGUGAUUGUGCUGCCGCCUGGGGAAUGGGACCCCAAAAUCCGGAUUGAGCCGCCAAAGAAAGUCCCGUCUGCUGACAAAAGGAAGUCUGUGUUUUCAUUGAACGAACUGGGCCAGAUGAAUGGAACAGCUGGUGGCGGAGGAGGUCUGGCGGAGGACGAGGAGAUGCCGGUGCAGCACGAGCUUGGAGAGGAGCUGGCGUUCACGGGACGCUUCUGCGGAGGGUUGUUUCUGGAUAUAAAGCGCAAGUUACCGUGGAUCCCCAGUGACUUUUACGAAGGAUUUCACAUUCAGUCCAUCUCCGCCGUGCUCUUCAUCUACUUGGGCUGCAUCACCAACGCCAUCACAUUCGGCGGCCUGCUGGGAGACGCCACAGACAACUACCAGGGGGUGAUGGAGAGCUUCUUGGGCACGGCUCUGGCCGGCUCGGUCUUCUGCCUCUUCGGCGGCCAGCCGCUCAUCAUCCUCAGCUCCACUGGACCUAUUCUCAUCUUCGAAAAGCUUCUGUUCGAAUUCAGCAAGAACAACAGCAUCGAUUACAUGGAGUUACGUCUGUGGAUCGGCAUCCACUCCUGCGUGCAGUGUUUGGUGCUCGUGGCCACCGACGCCAGUUACAUCAUCAAGUACAUGACCAGAUUCACCGAGGAAGGUUUCUCCAGCCUCAUCUCUUUCAUCUUCAUCUCUGACGCCAUCAAGAAGAUGGCGGGUGCCUUCAAGUACUACCCCAUCAACACUGACUUCAAGCCUGACUACAUCACCGCGUACAAGUGCGAGUGCCUGGCCCCAGACCCGAUUCCACUGCCAGAUAACAGCUCUCUUGUCUCCGGGUUGAAUGUGACAGCUCUGGACUGGAGUCAGCUGAGUAAAAAGGAGUGUCUGAAGUACGGCGGCUCGCUGCUGGGGAAGUCCUGCCAGUACGUGCCGGACCUGGCCCUCAUGUCCUUCAUCCUCUUCUUUGGCACAUACUCCAUGACCGUCUCGCUCAAGAAGUUCAAAUUCAGCCGCUACUUUCCGACAAAGCUGAGGAAACUCAUCAGUGACUUCUCCAUCUUCAUGUCCAUCAUGACCUUUGUGGGGCUCGACAUGCUGGUGGGCCUCAAAACCCCCAAACUCAUCGUCCCGACAGAGUUUAAGCCGACCCGACCCGACCGUGGAUGGAUAGUGAUGCCCUUUGGUAAAAAUCCCUGGUGGGUCUACGUGGCUAGCUUCGUCCCCGCGCUCCUCGUGACCAUCCUCAUCUUCAUGGACCAGCAGAUCAGCGCUGUCAUCGUCAACCGAAAAGAAAACAAACUCAAGAAAGGGUGUGGCUACCACCUGGAUCUGUUCUGGGUGGGCGUCCUGAUGGCCACCUGCUCCUUCCUGGGUCUGCCCUGGUACGUGGCCGCCACCGUCAUCUCCAUCGCCCACAUCGACUCUCUGAAGAUGGAAAGUGAAUCCAGCGCUCCUGGAGAGCAGCCCCAGUUUCUGGGGGUCAGAGAGCAAAGAGUGACGGGCAUUUUGGUGUUUGUUCUCACUGGAGUCUCCAUCUUUCUCGCCCCGAUUCUUAAGUACAUCCCGAUGCCUGUGCUCUACGGCGUCUUCCUCUACAUGGGUGUCGCCUCACUCAGUGGAAUCCAGUUCUGGGACAGGAUAAAGCUGUACAUGAUGCCUUCAAAGCACCAGCCGGACUACACCUACCUGCGCCACGUCCCGCUCCGAAGGGUCCACCUCUUCACGCUGAUCCAGAUCAUCUGCCUGGCCGUGCUCUGGAUCCUCAAAUCCACCUUCCUGGCCAUCAUCUUCCCGGUGAUGAUCUUGGGGCUCAUGGUGGUCCGGAAGAUGCUGGACAUGGUCUUCUCCCAGCACGACUUGGCCUGGCUGGACGACCUGCUGCCGGAGAAGGAGAAGAAAAAGAACGACGACGACAAAAAGAAAGGGAAAGACAAGAAGAAGUGUAAAGCAGACGCCAGCGACGAAGAGGAGAAGUACGUGCCGUACUCCAACCACUCCCCGAGCUCGGAGUCGGACUUGGAUCGCAGCAUCACCCUCCACCUGAAGAUCUCCUGCCCGUCGUCUCCCGCCGUGCCCAUGAGCCGAGGGAUGCCGUGCCCCGUGCCGCAGGUCAAGAUCGAGAUGGAGUCGGACUACGACUCGGACAUGGACCAGCACAGAUUACGUGACUUGAGCAGCGAGACCACCUUGUAAAAGUGCGGACUCUAACCUGACCAGACGGACCUGCUCCGUAGUGAUAGUUUGAUGUACAUUUAUAUAUAUAUAUAUGUGUAUAUAUAUAUAAUGGACGUAUUUGAAGGAAUAUAAAUACACGUACACUGCUGUGUAAGUUAUAAGCGUAUGUCCUUAACAGUUUCAGUAUUAUGUACAGUCAUUUUUCACCAGCCUGUGUGAGCAUGUGUGUGUGUUCUGUGUGUGAUUCUGAGGCAGAACGUUUGCAAACUACUUGAAACUGUCGCCGUCUGAGACCCAGAUGUCCUGUGGGCCCGAGUCCCAACUAAAGACGGAACAAAAAAGAAACAACCAAAAGCCCCAGUGUUGCUCGAAACAAACCAUUUCAUCAGGUCACAGACAUGUGCGUCUUCCUUCCACCACAACACUGACAUCUAUAAUGAUACUUUUAAAACACCAUGUUAAAUUCAGAUAUUUAAUGAUGUUGAUCCCUGUUGUGUUAGAGAACUGUUCACGUGUGAGUGUAUUGUGUCACAA